UCCCCAAAUCACAGCACCAGUCACCACCACCGUUCCUCACAUUCCACAUCCGCUCGCUCGCUCGCAGCUCGAGAUCGUCAGCCAUGUCCGGGCGCGGCAAGGGAGGCAAGGGGCUCGGCAAGGGCGGCGCCAAGCGCCACAGGAAGGUGCUGCGCGACAACAUCCAGGGCAUCACCAAGCCGGCGAUCCGGCGUCUGGCGCGCCGUGGCGGCGUGAAGCGCAUCUCGGGGCUCAUCUACGAGGAGACCCGCGGCGUGCUCAAGAUCUUCCUCGAGAACGUCAUCCGCGACGCCGUCACCUACACCGAGCACGCCCGCCGCAAGACCGUCACCGCCAUGGACGUCGUCUACGCACUCAAGCGCCAGGGCCGCACCCUCUACGGAUUCGGCGGCUAGGCCAUCAGCUAGCUUUGUUUGGCACACAGUGGUAGUAGUGUUCGUGGCCGGUCCUGGGUUGUAAUCGCCGCAUCUCGCUGCUCUUUGCCCUGGCCUUGGUUUCGUUUGUCGUCUGGAUGUGCUACGAUGGAAUGGAAAUUGAAGCUGUUUGUUUACCCUUGAA